CAGCGUCGAACAGCAGCGAGCAUUGACAGGCGAAACGCGGAAUGUCUCACUUUAAAACUUAGAUAAAUGGCCACCGUUGUUAUUACGCUCUUCCUAUUUGUACAAUUUUAUGUUUGUAAAAUGGACGCCGUGAGCAUUAAAAAGCGAAGAACUCCACUUUCGUCCCGAAGGGAAAAGCGGUGGAGUAUGAAUUCUCAGCGUCUCGAUGAAAUAGUGGCGCAGCUGAUGCAGCCUGUGUCAAUGAAAAAUCAGGAGCAAAUCUUCAACCACAACAUCACCGAGUUGCUGGAGGAGUAUAUGACGGAGGCCGGGCUGCGUGCGCUGGAGGGGGGCGAGGACGUUCGCGUCAACUUCCCCGAGAUGGCCAUACUGCUGCAGCGCACCGUCGACAUCUACAGCCACAAGGUCGACUGCCUCCACCAAAGCAUACUCGACUACUGCGACAAGCUACUUACCGCCAGGCAAGAGGAAGAGGAGGAGGAGGAGGCGCAGGGCCAGGCGGCGGCGGAGACGGCGGCGCGGCGCGCGCGGCGCCGGGCCUCGGUGGAGCUGGACUUCGCGCACAUCGCGCUGUCGGCGGCGGCGCCGCGCGAGCCGGCCGCGGCGCGCCCGCCGCCCACGCUGCCGCGCAUGUACGUGGAGCUGGAGCCGCGCCGCAUCACCGCCGCCGACGUCGAGCUGCAGGACUACGCCGGCGAGCACAUCGGCUUGCUCUCCGACUAUCAAGUCACCUGUCGUUUGCACAGAGGAAUGUUGGUGGACGAGCUGGAGGACGGCAGCAGUCAGGCGCGCGCGCUGCGGCCCAUCUCGCUGCUGGAGCUGCAGGAGGCCAUCGCGGCCGCCGCGCCGCCGCCGCUGGCCGCCAGCACGCCCGAGCGGGACUCGCCGCCGCGCACGCCCGACCCGCCGCGCCACCGCCGCACCUCCGACCUGGACGCCACGCUGCAGUCGCCCGACUUGGCCGCCGAUAUUCGGGGCCCGCACUUGGCCACGCCAGACAUGGCCGCCGUGGCCCACGCCCCUGAACUGGCCGCUCCGCUCGACACGCCCGACGGGGCCCGGCUGGACGACACGUGCCGAACGCCCGCCGCCGACCGCACCACGCCGAAGCAUAAUAAAAAAGAAAGAAAAAGAAGAAGUGAAACUAGUAUCGACACAGCUAUAAAAAUAUCCGUCGGUGAAGAUUUACGGCAAAAGUUGGACGAGGUACAGGAGUUCAGCAUCCCGGCGACAUGGAUAAGGAAGAUCGUGAAGAAACGAAAGACUGAAAUUUUAGCCAAUCGCUGGCAAAUACGCGAAGAAACACCAAUUCCUCGUGGAGAGUUCCCCGGCUGGAGCCCCGAGGAGGGCGCGCGGGCCGUGGCGGCGGCCGCCAAGCACGCCAGCAAGCUGCUGGACAGCGACGACGACGACGGCUUCUUCGAGCAGAGCUCCGUCGCUGACUCCGACGCCUCGCGCGCCGAGGAGCCGCGCCUCGCAGACCUGGCGCCCGCCGCGCUGCACGGCCUGGCGCCGCCCGAGGGCGCCGGCGACGGCUGGCAGCAGCGCGUGCUGGCGCGCGCGGCCGCGGCGCCGGCGCCCGACGUGCGCGCGCUGGCCCGCGCCGUCAUGCGGGCGCUGGGCGCGGGCGCGGACGCGGCGGGCGGCGCGGGGCCCGCCGUGGCGUGGCGCGAGCUGCGGCGCGGCGUGGCGGCGCCGACGAGCCACGUGCUGCUGGCGACGCUGUUCCUGGCCAACUCGCGCAACGUGGAGGUGCUGGCGGGCCCGGCGCUGUCGGUGGCGGAGUUCUCGCUGCGCCUGCUGUCCAUGGACGAGCGCCGCUACAGCGAGGCGGCGGCGCAGGAACCCUUCAUGCGGUGAACUGCUCGCACUCGCUGUUGUGACGAACCAUCGUAUCGUGGAGGUAUUAACGACUUAUUGAUACGACAAAUGUUGUCGUUUAUAAGUUUCUGUUCACGAGUAACAAAUGUGCUAAUAUCGUAGUAAUUGUUAGUUUACCGGGUAAUGUGCAUCAUGCAUCUAACAUUUUGCUAAAAGUUUCAUGUGAUAACAGCAACAAAUACGAAGUUAUAUGAUUAAUGUUACGUACAAUCAACAAGUAAUUGCUAAAAGUAAAACAUAUGCUAGGUUAACUGGGUAUUUUAUCAAUACUCCGCUAACACAGAAAUGUUGAAAUAUUUCAGCAAAAGCACACACAUUUGUUGUAAAUAAAAAAAAAAAAAUAGACUUAAGAAAAACUUGAAUGUACAUAAUGAUGUUUACAAUGUUUUUGUAUAUAAAUAAGUUAUAUUUUUAACUGAACAAGAUAAAUACUAUUUCUUCUUAUACAUACAUACAUUAUAUUACAUGAAUCCAAAUAUAAGUACUUGUCAAAAAUAGUUGACGGGAAAAUUUCUCCAUGGUUGGUUCAUAAGUGUUUUGUCGGAAGUUUCAAUAAAAACAUAAAUCUUUUCUCAGUAACUCGAACAUGGCGUAGUAAUGACUAGUUCGAGUACAACUCGACUUUAUGUCUGUUGUGCGAACGACUGUGUGACGUAAAUAUAAUACUUAUAUAAGUUUCAUAGUGAAUACAAUUGGAAUGACAUUCCUUCACUACAAGUUAGUAGCCCAAUAUAAUGAAGAUGCCCCAUAGUAAGGUAUUACACAUAGUAUGGUUAACUACACAAUAUUAAUAUAGAAAUUAAUAUAGUACUAGACAUAAUAAUCCAUAUCCAGUAGAGUAGUGUGAUACUCGGAAAUGAAUACUUCAAGAUUACUGCUGUACCAUUACCUGGAUUGUAUUUUAAAUCUUGUAAAUGUGAUACAUUAAGGACGUAUUUUAAUUGAAAUUGUUUAUCAGAGAGUCUAGGGUGUUCGUUAUUCUGCCUCCUAGAGUCUCUACUCCCAGAGACAGCUGUCGUUGUAUCCAGAUGUUACCGUCGAGGAUCUCUCCUAACUUCACUGACCCCACACCAUACUGUAUGUGUGUAUUAUUUGUUCACUAUAAUUAUCCACCUCUAGAUGUGCAGUUUUAUUACAAAGUGUGGAAUGUCAAACUGAUCCCAUGCCCAAUAAAUACCAUUGGCAGGUCAGGGUAAAGUAUAUUUUGUAGCCAUUAGAGGAGUACAUAUAAUUAUAAAGUGUUGUAAAUAUCCCGUCUGGUCCAAGAGGAAGGUGCAAUAAAAUGAGCUGCUACUGUAAGUAGGAAGUGUAACAUUAUCGGAUCAGACAUAGCAGGGCUUACGAUGUGGUACAAUCACUAACUUUAUUUGGGUAAGCUCUUAUAGUAUUAUGAUAGAUCUCGAUUAACUAAUUGUAAGAUUAUGUACAUAGAGAAAUUAAUAUAAAGAGCUGUAGUUACUUUGAUGAGUAUCAAGUUAUGAAUAUUCUUUAAUUGUAUGAAGUAUUGUAAUAUAAUAUUGUGUAAGUAGAUCAGCCAAUGAUAAGCUGCUACAGUUGAUAGCUGAGUUUUAUUAACUCGGUUCGAUGUAUGCUAUAAAAUAAUCAUGUGAAAUAUACUUUGAAAUCAGAAUACUAUACUAUAUAUACUAUACUAUUUGGAUAACAAAGAAGAAAAAUCAUUAUUUUAAAGUUUAAUAAUAAUAUACAUACACUAGUCACAACAAUUAAAGGAUUUAAACAUUAA